AUGAAGCCUCAGCUGGUGGAAAUCAUUACGUGGAACGACGAUGGCUCGUCGCAAUGGGCGAAAGGCUUCCCCCACGGCGAAUGGCGCAUCAUCUCCAAACCCUACAUCGAAGCAUACAAAUCAGGAGCAACGUCCCCCAAUGUUGAGUCAGACCAGACGGUCUGCUGGUACCACCCGACUCCUAAAGGUGUGACGUGCGAGAAGGAACCCUCUCAGCCCGCCAAACGGAAUUUCAAUGCUAUCGGAUAG